UCGGCGUCACUGGAUACUAGGAGUCCCAGCGCUGCCCGGAGCCGCCGGGGCCAACCCCCGUCUCUGCUCGUCUAGUUUGCGGGUGGCGACUCGACUCGCUACUGCUGCAUGUCUGCAGGCACCGAGGAAAGUGUGCAGUGGCCCCGGGGAUCGAGGCGUCGCCGCUUGCAGAGGAAGCGAGGCAAACACAUAAACAGAACCCACCCGCCCUAACCAGAGACCGGCGACAUGAGGCUGCUGGAGAGGAUGAGGAAGGAGUGGUUCCUGGUGGGCAUCGUGCUGGCCAUCGGCGCCGCCAAGCUGCAGCCGGGGGUCGGGGUGAACGGGGGCCCACUGAAACCAGAAAUAACUGUGUCCUACAUUGCUGUUGCAACGAUAUUCUUUAACAGUGGACUGUCACUAAAAACAGAGGAGCUGACCAGUGCAUUGGUGCAUUUAAAACUGCAUCUUUUCAUUCAGAUCUUUACGCUUGCAUUCUUCCCAGCAGCAAUAUGGCUUUUUCUCCAGCUUUUAUCCAUCACACCCAUCAAUGAAUGGCUUUUAAAAGGUUUGCAGACAGUAGGUUGCAUGCCUCCCCCUGUGUCCUCCGCUGUGAUUUUGACCAAGGCAGUUGGUGGAAAUGAGGCAGCUGCAAUAUUUAAUUCAGCCUUUGGAAGCUUUUUGGGCAUUGUUAUAACACCUCUCCUCCUGCUGCUUUUUCUCGGCUCAUCCUCUUCCGUGCCUUUCUCGUCUAUUUUUUCUCAGCUUUUUGUCACUGUCGUGGCUCCUCUCAUCAUUGGACAGAUCAUCCGGAGGCACAUCAAGGAUUGGCUGGAAAGAAAGAAACCGCCUUUCGGAGCCAUCAGCAGCAGUGUGCUCCUCAUGAUCAUCUACACCACGUUCUGCGACACGUUCUCCAACCCUCACAUCGACCUGGAUAAGUUCAGCCUCGUGCUCGUACUGGUCAUAAUAGUUUCUAUUCAGCUGAGUUUCAUGCUUUUAACCUUCGUCUUUUCAACAAGGAACAACUCGGGUUUCACACCAGCAGACACAGUGGCAAUCAUCUUCUGUUCUACACACAAGUCCCUCACGUUGGGAAUCCCGAUGCUGAAGAUAGUGUUUGCAGGCCACGAGCAUCUCUCGCUGAUAUCGGUGCCCUUGCUCAUCUACCACCCAGCUCAGAUCCUUCUGGGAAGUGUGUUGGUGCCAACGAUAAAGUCUUGGAUGGUGUCGAGGCAGAAGGGAGUCAAGCUGACAAGGCCAACGGUGUAACGAAGGAGGCAGCCUUCCUGUAUAUGUAUGGAUACAUACACAUGCACACGUACAGGCUUGUGUACACAAGCAAUUCUGAAGACUUGUACUUGUGAAUGUGGCUCUGAUGCAUAUUUUAUUUUUUUACAGAAAAAUACAAUAUACCUGUUUAAGUGCCUUAAAAUGCAUUCAACCAGAGCGUUCCUCCCAAAACACAUUCUGUUCGUUACUGCCGGAGUGGUACGGUACUUGGGGCUUAAAUUCAUUUCCUAAUGCAGAUGACAGUCAUCAUAAGGGACAGAAAGCUAACACACUUCGCCUCUGCCGCCUUUUGUGCAAUGUUUGAAAAGAGGUCACACCAUCAGGAAAAUGGCCUUCCGAUAACAGUGACAAUUCCAAAGUUUUACCCACACAUUUUGAUUCGCUGUGUGAUUUUGUUUUCCAUAACUGUGACACCCCUCUUCCUUAGCAACUCAGCAGGGGUCAUAGAUGGAACCAGAAGCAUUCCUUGACGUGGUUUUGAAGACAUUCCCCCAGAUACUUCCCUCCCCAGAAAUUUUUCAGUCCAAUUGUAAGAGAUGGUGUAAUGUGUUAAAUUCACUAUACGCUGCUUCAAAGAGAGGGCCUGAUGCUUGAGUUACAAGUGAAGUACAUUGAGGCAAACUACAGGAUUAGGUUUUGGGGAUUUUUAUAUUACAUCUCCAUAUGCUUUUCCUCUUUCAUCCUUCGUUUCUGUUUCCCUACCUGGUCACACCCUCCUAACAGCCAAAUGCGAACCCCCAAAACAGUCAGUCCUAGAGCAGCAGCAGUGAAACUGGAUUCACAUUCCUCAAAUUCUUUUCCUGUUACACAGAUGUGCCAAACACUUUGCAAAUCGCCCCCUUUGGCAAGAAGCCAUCUGUUACAUCCUUGCAUUAAGCACACUUAAGAAUCAUCAGACAAUUUAUCCAGGAGAAUUUUCUUCACAGAUUUGACAAACAAAUGCUCAUGGCAUCUUAAAAAAAAAAAAAAAGGUCACAUUGCUCUUAUAAAUCAAUGAAAAUACAAAGGUCACAGAUGCAAAUGUUACACAUUCACACUGUCUAGCCAAGUGGGAAGAAAAUCGGACACAAAAAACACAAGGCCAUUCACUGACCAAAACAUCAAGUCCAGUACUGGGCAUCAGCUUUCAAGGGAAUAUCUUAAGCUGGACGUAAAUGGCGCAUAAAGCAAUACAUUGAAUAAAGGGAAUACCUUCCCAAUGUCUUAUGCACAUCAUCCUGUCACAACACCUCCUUUCUUGGUUUGAUAGAUGAAAUUAGCAUCCUGGCUCUUACCAGAGCUUUCCCGCAGCCUCAGCAGCUGUUUUGAUGGCAGUGGUGGAGUUGGACCCACAACAGAAGAAGACAUUCCCUCAAAGCCCACCAAGUUUAUCCAUCCUCACAAACGUGAAUGUACGUAACUGUUAACUGCCAGGUUAUCAUCUCUUGUUAGAGUCAUUGUGAUGCCAACCGGACCUCAUAAAUGUCACAAGAGUUCUAGAGCCAGUGCCAGACCUUGAAAAAGCUGAGCCAGCCGUGGUCCGUACUGUCACAGAGAUGGCCGUGUCUGAAAUAGUGGUUUUUUGAUGGGACUUUGGAUGUGGUGUGGUGUGCACGCCUUUUAUCUCAGCACUCAGGAGGCAGAGGUAGGAGGAUCACUGCGAGUUCAAGGCCACCCUGAGACUACAUGGUGAAUUCCAGGUCAGCCUGAGCUAGAGUGAAACCCUACCUCAAAGGAAAGAAUAAAAAAAUUUCUGUGUCUCUCUGCUAGCGUCUUUGAAUUUUACAGUAAAUGGACAAUGUCUGCCUAACCUGUCAUUAAAAAAAAAAAAAAAUCAUUCCCCUGUUUUUUCUUUGAAUACUGAUUUUCCCGUCAACUUAUCUACCUCUGUGUCUAACACCUAUAGUAGGUGUGAUUAUGGGACAAAAUUCAACUGAAAAUGCUAUGUUAACGUUUUAUCUUUUGCUUUAAAAAUGUGUUUUGUGUUCAAAUAAUCUAACUUACAGGGUGAGUCUUGGUGGCUUCAGUGACAUGUUUGUGGCUACAUUUUUUACACAAAUGAUAUAGCAUAUUUUUCCAUGCAAGGCAAAAAAAAUACCAUGCAUAUUGGGAUUUAAUUAUGUGGAUUAAAAUUAUUAUUAUGUUUAUACAUUGUUAAGAUAUGUUUGAUGAAUUUGUUCUGUCCAAAUGUAUUUAUAAAAGAAAUACAUGAAAUUAUAUUUAUGUUUACUCAUUUUCCACCUGGAUUUUUUUUUUAAUAAUGGUUGAUAUGAAAAUCGGUUUUCUCGAGGGAUGGCAUGUUCUUUCUAAGUUUAAAAAUUUUGUGGAUUUUCUUCCCUAUUCUGUUUGAAACUGAUACACCUCUGGCUAAUGUUCAGUGUUUAUGCUAAAUACCAAAUUUUUUCAAAAGGAUGGCUAAGUAAUGAAGUGUAUUAUUUAUGAUGAAUGGAAAAUGAAAACAACUUUAUGAUUAAACAAGGAGAUGCUUGAGAGA